AUAAAAAUUUUAUUGAAUUCUAUAUAUUUAUUAAAACAAUUCUAUCAAGUUAUUUGUAAUUCAAAAUUCUCGAGAAAUAUCAACUUUUUUUUAUACAUAACGUACAAAAUGAAUUUAAGUUUUUGUGUAAUUUGUAUUUUUGUUAAAUUUGCUUUUAAUUUUCUUAAUUUCCCAGUGGUGAUUGGAGAAAAUACAUUAUCUAAAAUAGAAAUCCUAACUAAAGAAUGCAAUAAAAAUAAUUACACCAUAAGAGAUGAAUCGAAUUUUGAAAAUAUUUAUAAUAAAGAAAGUAAAAAUGUAGAAAAGUCUCCUUGGUUCUUAAAUAUACCACUUUUGCCGAUAAUAGUUGCAACUUCGAAUUCAAUUCCUGAAGGUUCUUGUAAAAAACAAUUACUGUUAUAUCUUAAUAAUUUAAAAAAUGGUACAUUAUGGGCGACUCAAAUGUUUGAUUCAUCAGCUAAAUAUCCAUAUGGUGUUUUUAAUGGUUUCACUCGUCAUUUGGGAAGUUUUGAUCAGUGCGAUGAAAUUCAAACAAAAAUAUUAAAUAAUGAAGAUGGAAAAAUUGAAGAAAUACACAGUAAAUAUUGUUUGGUAGAUGUAAAAUUUAAGGAAAAAAAUGAACGGACACAGUCUCUUGAAGAACUCAAAAUCUUUUUCGAUCCACAAGGCUCUGCCUGGGAAGCAAUUAGAGAAAAAGGCGAUUUUCGAAGAUACAAAAGAUAUAUUUUACAAAUGGCAUUGUGUUUUCCUGCAAAAUGUCAAACGGAGGAUAUAGUUGCAGCGCUAAAACAACCUCUGGAUAAAUUUGGCGCAGAAUAUAAUCUUCAAGUCGAAGCAUCAAUUAUACCCAUGUAUUGUGCCUCUAAAGAAGCUCAAAAAUUUUCUAUUUACGAUAUAAUUUUCUAUUUGAUAUCUCUAAUAAUAUUAAGCCUCAUCAUAAUCAGCACUCUGAUUGACAUUAAUUGUGAUAAAAACAAAGAACAUUCUUUAUUACGUUGUUUCUCUGCUCGUAAAAAUGUGAAUGAAAUUUUUAAAAUAAAUUAUGAACAUCGAGGACUUGAUACUAUUCACUUUAUUCGAGUAUUGUUCACUGUUCUUACAGUUUCUUGUCACAGACAAUUGCAGUAUAUGUACGGAGGAAAUAUUUCUGGAAAAUACUACGAAUGGAUUAUGACCGAUCCUAUUUUCGGAAUAAUUCACAAUAUUCCCAUCGCAAUAGAAGGAUUUUUCGGUAUGGGAGGACUUUUAAUGUCUCAUUCUUUAUUGGAAGAAUUGAGUAUUUCAAAAAAUAUUAAUAUCAUUCUUCUAGUUGUAAAACGAUUAGUAAGAAUAUUGCCAACUUACAUGUUUAUAACAUUUGCGUAUGCAACUGUAUUUCAUCGAUUAGGUUCUGGACCAUUUUGGGAAUCAACUAUGGGAUUCUAUCGAGAUUCUUGUUUAUCUUAUUGGUGGACUAAUUUGUUUUUGAUAAAUAAUUAUUUUGGAGGCAAUAACAAGUGCGUGAUUCAGUCUUGGUAUUUAGCUGUGGAUUUUCAUUGUUAUUUAAUUGGAUUAAUGUUAAUUAUUGUAUUCAAUAAAAUGUCUCGUAAAGUUGGUUAUAUAUUUUUGGGUUGUACAUUAAUUUUGUCAAUUGGUAUUCCUUUUUAUUUCACAUAUAAAGAUGAUUUAGUUCCAAUACUCAAAUCUUUUAUUAAUCCAAGAAGACUAGAGGACAGUGAUGAUUUUUUAAAUUAUUAUGUUAAAACUCAUAUACGUAUGGAAGCUUAUAUUACUGGAUUGAUUGUAGGGGUUCUUAUUUUUGAUUACAAGGAAUCUAAUUGGCGUCUCUCAAAGACCUGGUCAAACAUUUUGUUCAUUACGUUCGUCUUUAUGUUGAGUUUAACUGUUACAUGGCCUGGGACACUUUUGACAAAUCCAAAUUUGAAAAUAUCUGCAUUUCAAAAAGCCUUAUAUGCAAGUCUCCAUAGGCCAAUUUAUGCAUUUAGUAUAUGUUCCAUUCCUCUUCUCUUGACAAUAGGCGAUGGUUUAGGGUUUUAUUACAAUAUAUUAACAGCAAGAUGGUUGCAACCACUUUCUCGUAUUUCUUAUGGAAUUUUUAUGGUUCAUUUUAUUGUACUCCACUUUGAAUUUGGAACUACAAGAACUGCAUUUACCUCUACUUGGUACAAUUUUUUUAAAUAUCUCGCAGCAGAUAUGGUAUAUUCUGUCUGUCUGUCAUUAUUCACAGCCAUUGUAAUAGAAUUUCCAAUCCGAAAUAUUUUUAAUUUAUUUAUGAAAAGAAAGAGAAUCGUUACGAAAAGAAAACCAUCACUAAAUAUCGAAGAAAAGACGAAAUAAUUCUUCAAUGUCAAUUACAAAUUAAUUAUAUGAACAUGAAAUGAUUUAAAUAUAUACAUAACGGACAUAAAGUUUUGUAAAACUAUUAUGAUAAACCAUUUUUUUUAUUAGAAUGUGAAAAUUUUUUUUAUUUAUUUAUUUGGGAACAAUAAUUUUUUUUUCUGAACUAUUUUUCUUUA